AUGGCGGACUGCUUCUUCCUGGGCCAGUCGCGCAACCAGCUGAACGCCAGCUCCGCAGAGUCGUCCAAGAUAGUCCAGCAGGAGCUGCUGCAGCGUAUCCGCAACCUCGAGGACCUGCUCAAGAAGCACGUCGGCGCGCAUGCCAUCGUCGGCGGCCAGGCUGGCCAGGACGAGCCCGUCUCGCCGCCCACGACCAACGCCUCUGCCAGCACGGAGGCGGACUGCGGGAGCAACAAGAGCUUCAGCAACAGCAACAACCACAACAGCAAUAGCAAUAGCAAUAACAACAGCUCAGAGCUUCCCCAGAGCCUGCUGCAGAACGUCGGCUCGCUCUCCAUCUCGCCGCAGGGCCAUGUUCGGUUCGAGCCGCAGUCGUCGAAGUUGGACUUCCAUCUCGCUCAGAUCUCGGCCAGCGAGUACCGCAACCAGGUGAACAGCGUCAACGAGGAGAAGCCCAGCGGGUUCCCCUUUGGCUGCGAUGACCCGGCCUCGAGAGACCGGCUGCUGGCCCGUCUGCCGCCCAGCAGAUACUGCGAUGCCCUGAAGGACACGUACUUUCGGGUGUUUUCUCCACUGUUUCACAUAUUGCACGAUCCUACCUUUGCCGAAGAGUAUGAGCGCUUCAGACAGGAUCCAGGCUCGGUGUCUCUGUCAUGGCUGGCGCUGCUCUUCGUCGUCCUGGCCAUCGGCGUCACCAGCCUAAGCGACGAUGACCCCUUACUCCCCGACCUGGGGCGAGAGGCCACUCCCAGCGCCAAUAUAAGGGUCAUCUCAGAGCAGUACCGGUCUGCUGCCAUGCAGUGUCUUGCUGCCGACCAGGUGCUGUCUCGACACUCCAUGAAGACCCUACAGGCCCUCGUCCUCCUUAUCUAUGCCCUGACCCAUAGCUCACAGCCGUCCUGGGUGCUCAUCGGGAUGACCCAUCAUGUGGCCAUUGCCAUGGGCUGCCAUCUUGACCCGGACAACUUCAACCUCAGCCUUGUCGAGGCAGAAGAGCGUCGACGAUGUUGGGCUGGGCUGAUCAUGUUGCAUAUGAUACAAAAAAUCUCCUUCCGCAACCUCGACCGCCAGCGUCUGAGUCGAGAUGUUCGUCUGCCUUUAGACGCCAAUGACCUUGACCUGAUGAAGAACAGUGGCCUCACGAUGGACCAGCUCCGCCAUCCUACCGGCCCUACGCAGAUGACGUACCUGCUAUUCAAGUUCCGUCUCUAUGAUAUUGCCUUGGCCAUAUGCAACGAGAUCUUUUCUUCGGAAGCAUCCCCUGCUGUCAUAGCAAAGCUAGAUAAUGAUAUAACCAGCCAACAAGAGCUCUGGACCGCACGCUACCAUUCCGAUACCAGCGUCGAACCACUGCCCAGCCAACACUUUGCCCAUAUAAAUAUCCUCUUUGGCUACUCCCACCAGCUGCGUUUGCUGCUGCAUCGCCCGGCAUUGAACCGCUAUCUCACUGGAGAUAUCAACGACCGUACUCACAGUUCUCGUAACCGCUGUCUGGACGCUGCAAAGGGUCUGCUAUCUAUCCAAAAGACACUUGCUGAGUCACCGCAGUAUGCCCCCUAUAAAUGGUAUACGGCCGGUUUGGCUAGUUUCCAUGCUUUCCACGCUGCAGUCGUGCUCACUGUGAUCAUGAUGAAUCCUGAAAGCCAAGCAGAGUACGAUGAGAUCCAUGCCCUGCUAGUAGACGCUCUACAGGUCUUCCAUUUGCUUUCAAGCAGAAGUAGCCUAUGCGAGAAGGGAAUUCCAAUUCUCAGCCAACUGCUUGAAAUGGCCUCCCCUCAGCCUCAACACCUGUCCAUACCGCAGCAACAACAGCCGUCUCAACCUGAACUCAUGUCUAACACUGUCCCUUCACCGCAAGAUACCCCUAUCUCUCUUCUCACACAUGGAGGCUCAGUCUCAGAACCGACGUUUGACUUUGCCAACACCCAUACUGAAACGAUCCAGUCCCAGCUCCAAGCCCAAUAUUGGGUUACUGCUAGCAGCAUACCAUGGAACAACUGGGGUUUCCUUAUCCACCAAGUAUAG